AUGAACAUUAAAAGAGAAGCAUUCGAAAGGCAUUUUUGUUUUCUGGCUGCAUAUGACGAAUAUCCAAACAGUGACGUAAGUCUACAAAUGGAAUCAAUAUGUCUUUUGAAUAUGUUUACAUCACAUUGCAAUGAAACCCUGCAAAACCUAUGUUGCCAAGUCUUUGCUGUUGUGUCAGAAGGCCUUAUAAAUUUGAAUGGAAUACAACUUCAUUUUAUUAUAAAUAAUAUAGGAGAACUUUUUACUAUUAUUAUUUUACUGGAAUUAUUGAUAUCUAGAACAUCAUUGGCUACUAAUUGGAAUAAUUACUGUAAAUAUCUUAAGGCAACUUCCCCAGAAAACAUGGGCACAGACAAAGAUAAGUUCAAUGCUAUUUUGGGUGCAAUUGAUAAUAUUACUUCCAAGAUUAUGUGUGAUGAUUUAGUCCAGAAUACACUACAACAGCUUUUAGUCCAGAGAAAGAAUAAUUUAGUUGAAAAGAAUUGCACAGUUGUUUCCAUGGAGUUUUCCCAGUACAUUAAACAAGCAAUUAUUAAUCUGGACAAAUUAGUGCAGCAGAAACCUAACACAGAAAAUAUGUACAAAUGCAUUAAAGUUAAUGCAUUGUUUGUAUUAAAUUCUCACUUAUUUGGGAGUGGUGAUAAAAAGAUCUUCAAAGCUUUGAUUGAUGUUAAUUCAAAGGCUCACAGCAUACACAUUGUUGGAACAACUGUGUGGUUUCCAGAACAAUUUCUGCAGAGACACGCCCCGUCACUUGUUUCAAGCCACAGCAAAUUAUCCCAGACUAUGCUCAAAAACCGGCAAGCCUUCAUGAACGCAAAGAAAUUGUCGUUAUCGAAAGAUAUAGCGGUCUUACAGAAUGUUUGCUCGCAAUGGAUAUUAAAUGUUGAGAGUAUAUUUUCAAACAAUAACAAAUUGAAUGCAGCUGAAAUGAGUCUGCAUGCGAAAAUAAUACUGGAAGGCCUUGAAAUUACUUCUACAAUAAAUCAUUCCCUGUUAACAUUUUUGAAUUUACAUUCGUCGCUCGGAAUACCCUUGUCGAAGCAAACGCUUAUGUCUUUAUUCGAAAUUAUAGACCUACUCAAAAACAUAAAGAACGCAAUCACGCGUAAUCAUAAUCAAAUAUUGAACUCGGUCACCAUGAUCGUCCAACAUCUGCUGUUUCAAGCAGCUUCCUCCAUCCAGGAGGUUAAGAAAAUGCUUAUGUGCGACAAGAAAUAUGCGAACAAGAAGCUGGAUGAGCUCACGUGCAUUGUAAUCGCUGAACAGGCCAUCAAAGGCGCUGCCACCAUCGAACGUAACACGGCCACAAAUAUAGCGCUGAGUUUUAUUCCAGAGGCAACGUAUGUGAAUGACACUUACGUUAAACUCGGAACAUUACUGGAGAGAGUGCAGACGCUGACAAACUUCCUCAAUAAUAUGGACAAAUACUGCAACUGUUCAUGGAUGCUGAGCCAUCAAAAUGUCAUCCCCAUCUACUUUGAACAACUUUUCUGUGUUGACCUCAACGCUCCAAGAUUAAAACAGUUCUUUAUGGUGCUAGAAGACUGCGCGGCUCUUCUUCAUAAAACUGAUCAAUACUAUGGGAACACAAAACAUUGCUGUUCCGAUGCGACAGCCUUCCUGCCAAAUCUGGUCAAUAAGUCCUUCAAAGAACUGUGUGAGGAAAACUGCCUGGGAGAAAAAUUAAUCGAAGCCGCGGAAAAUUUGGACGACAAUAUCAGCGGCCUGGUAUCGAAUUUCAUAGAAGGCACUGAGUACUUCAAGUUACUUGUGGACGUUUUCGCACCGGUUUUCAGGAAUCCCAAGAAUGUUCAUUUGAAAAAUUUUUUCAUUAUCGUACCACCAUUGACUUUAAAUUUUAUUGAGCACAUGAUAUUGUCGAAAGACAAGAUGUCAAAGAAGAAUAAGGCCGGUGCUGCGUUUACAGACGACGGGUUCGCUGUCGGCGUUGCUUACAUAUUGAAGCUACUGGAUCAGGACCCUAGUUUUGAGUCUCUGCAUUGGUUUAAUGCUGUAUGGGACCAUAUUAAAGAAGAAAGAGAAAGAAUUAAUGAACAAAAAACACAAGGAACUCUCCAAUUACAACAAGCAUUAGCACUAUCAGAAAAGAAAAUUAAAACCCUUGAGGAAGAAUUUAGACUGCUAUAUUACAGUCUUACGAGUGCCCGCAUAUUCUUUAGA